UCGUUCCUUGAUAAAGAAAAAGGAAGUAUAUACAGUAUUUUGUACUGCAACAUAACCAAAAAGAGAUUAAAAAGAGAGGAAAUGGGAGAGAAAGCGUUGCAGAAACAAGAAAAGGAGGAGACUUGACGGAGUGUGAUGCGUAUUCUUAAUUAGAGUAAAGACGCCUUCUCAUCUCUUCGUAUAAGCAAAAGUCGAAGAUACCGCCCCAUUGCCAUUCUAUACUUUGCUUAUGAAUCGAAUUCCAUUUUCGGCCUUCUUUCUUUCUUUCGACUUCUUUACUACACAACAUUCUGCCCAUUAAACGACGGGAACAAGAAAGAUAAGCUUCGCUGGAUUUGUCAUUAUUGGGAUCCUCAACUCUUUUUUUCUCUUUUGGGUUCACGUAAUCUAACUAUCCGUUUCUGUUUCUUGUCUUGAUCGGAUCUGAAAAGGACUCCCACAACAAUUUAGCGGGAAGAGAGCUUUUGCUACCAAGUUCGAUUUCUAUCUCAGAGUCUUUUCAUGAUUGUUAAGCAUUUGCGUUCUCUAAUGAGAUGACAUCCAAUUCCGUCAGCACGAGGAAUAUUCAUGCUCCCCGUCCUCCAUCUGCCAGACAACAUAGUCGUGAAGCGGGCUCAUCUGAAUCUCGUGCAGUCCCUAAAGAUCACGAUAUGAGAACUACCUAUGCUAAAUCCAGCUCCAAGGCUGUUUCAGAAUGUCGCUAUGAAACAUCCCGUUUUAUUAUGCGAGAAAAUGAGCAAGGGCAGGAGCAAUUUCAUUGUAGAGAUGAAGGAAAAGAUAUAAGCCAGGAGCAGGCUACAACAUCUGAAACCAAUGAUGUCAAGAAUUGCAAUCCUAAUGGGCUUUUGGAAUCAGCUGAUGUUGCUUCAUUGCCUGCUGAAGGAGCUGUAGACCUGUUAAAUGCUCGAUUACUUUCAAAAUCAGGAGUCGCUUACUGUUCAAGCCCCCAAAACAGUUUCUACUCUGCUACAGAGUAUGCAGAAGCUAAACAAAGCUUCACCAACACUGAAGUCAGUGAAAGUAUGAGCAGUGUGGAGAAAAAUGGUGAAAAUGUGGAAGUCAGCAACUUGCGUGAUUUCGUGAAGAGCAGGAAGACUAGUCUAUAUAGAGGCAGCACUGGCAGUGAUUUUAGUGAUGAAACCAGCUCUAGUAGUUUUAGCAGUGCUAUAUACAAACCACACAAAGCAAAUGAUACAAGGUGGGAAGCAAUUCAAGCCGUUAGAACUCGUAAAAAUGGGUCAUUGGAGUCGAAAAAUUUCAGGAUUUUCAAGAGGCUAGGAUGUGGAGAUAUAGGCACUGUCCAUCUGGCGGAGUUGAUUGGCACACAAACUUGUUUUGCCAUAAAAGUGAUGGAUAAAGAAACUCUAGCAAGUCGGAAGAAGCUUCUCAGAGCUCAGACGGAAAGAGAGAUUCUGCAGUCUCUUGAUCAUCCCUUUCUGCCCACCUUAUAUGCUCACUUUGAGACGGAGAAAUUAUCAUUCCUAGUGAUGGAGUUUUGUCCUGGGGGAGAUUUGCAUGCACUUCGGCAAAGACAACCUGGGAAGUUCUUUACAGAGCAUGCUGCCAGGUUCUACAUUGCUGAAGUCCUCCUAGCUUUAGAGUAUCUGCACAUGCUUGGUAUUAUCUACAGAGAUCUUAAACCAGAAAAUGUUUUGGUGAGGGAAGAUGGGCACAUUAUGCUUUCAGAUUUCGACCUUUCGUUGAGAUGUGCGGUGAGCCCAACUCUCGUUAAGUCCUCGAAUGCAGAAUCCAAGAACCUGGGACUCUGCAUUCAGCCAGCUUGCCUCGAGCCAUCAUGCUCCAUCCAGCCUACAUGUUUCCGGCCACGAUUGUCAGGCAAGCCCAAAAAGGAAAAAAAGACGAGACGAUAUGCAGAAAUACACAACCACAUCACUCUUCUUCCGGAACUGAUAGCUGAACCUACAAACGCUCGUUCCAUGUCCUUUGUGGGCACACAUGAAUAUCUAGCACCCGAAAUUGUCAAAGGUGAAGGUCAUGGAAGUGCAGUGGAUUGGUGGACAUUCGGGAUUUUUCUCUAUGAGCUUUUGUUCGGGCGAACACCUUUCAAAGGAGCAGGGAAUCGAGCUACAUUGUUCAACAUUGUUGGACAACCACUGAGGUUCCCUGACUCGCCUACAGUUAGCUUUGCUGCGAGGGACUUGAUCAGAGGGUUGCUGGUGAAAGAACCACAGCAUCGGCUCGCAUACAGACGAGGGGCAACCGAAAUAAAGCAACAUCCAUUUUUUCAGAACGUGAAUUGGGCUCUUAUUCGUUGUGCCAGUCCUCCGGAGGUACCUCCACCCUACAUAAUGGAUAAUGCAGGUGUACCUCCACCGGCGGCUGGGACAGUGCACGGUGUUGAUGUGAAGCCGGCAGGUAAUUACUACGAAAUCGAUUUCUUCUAAACCUGAUUAUUAUUUCCUUUUCAUCUCGCUCGACGUUUCAUCUCUUCGACCCAAUCAUACAUACUUGUAGGCUUACUGUUCCAUUGGAAGGAAUACAGAUCUGUUAUUCAUAUACUGAACUAAGUGUAAAUUGCUGCAAUCCAUUGAUUAUUUUGCUCAAAUUCUCAUGCACAGCACAGGGAUGUAAAAUUCUUGAUAAAGAAAAUGAAAUUAAAGAGAGAAUAUUAUCAUAUCUUGAUACUGUAUGAUUGUAUAUGAAGAAUGAUAAUCCUGUGCUUCUUGCACUGUAGAACCAUUUGAUUACAUAUGAAGAGAGCUGGGCCAAUCUUUGAAGA